UAAGAGUUGUCUACAUUGCGUCACAGCAUGAAGACUCCCAUAUUUUAUUCAACUUUACCAUAAACAAUUUGCCUAGUUAUUCCUUUUUAACAUUACAUGUGAUACAAUUGUAUUCUAUCUACACUUGCCGCUGAUUCUUCAAAAUGGACCCAUCCGGACCUGCGCAACCCCCCAAAGACACGGCGUACGAGACGCAAGGAAACCCCGUCACUUCGAACCCGUUAGAACAACAACAUGAACAACACAGCGCGCGACACCACUCCCGUAGAAACACCGUGACGGAUGAGCGCUCGCCUUUUGGCAAGCCCUCCAAUAUCGGCAACGCCGUGCCUUCGAGCCUAGGAUACGGUAUCCACGGCGCGCCGGCCGGAGAGGAGAAGUACGGCCGCACCCAGGAGCAAGUCGGCCGGAGCCGGGAGCUGGAAGGCGAGCAGAUGCGCGCCGCGGGCGAGGGCGACGUGUCUAGCGCGGUCGAGCGCAAGCCCGGCGCCAGCGGCUCGCAACCGGAUCUCGCGAGCGAUCUUGACCGGUGAGUGAGUUGGGUUGCAUGCCGUUCGGAGAAUUAGGUUAAAGGUAGCCUAUUAGAACACAGAAGACGCUAACAUGUAGGUAUGUACCUAUGUAACAGCAAAAAGCAGGAGCAGGCUUCGGAGAGAGAAGCUAUCAAGGGGGAGAGGAGACAUGGUAGAGCCCCGGAUGAUGGGGAUCCUAGGGCUGGCGUUGCGACUUAGUUAUUGGUAGGGCGGCGGAGGACUUCUUGCUUUGUAUAUUGGUAUUUAUUGGUAUUGGAAAAGCAUAGUGGUUAAAAGUUAUUGAAUCUGAAAGUUCAUAACUAAUUGUAAUAGUAAUCUCUUGAUACUUCAAGGAGCUUAAGGGAAUGAGUUUAUGUAUCCAUGAAGUUUUGGGUGAAACGUUCUACUCGGAUCAAUUUUCCCUCUCAUACCUACCAAUUCUUUCUCAUAUACCAGGGAAGCGCACGGUCG